ACCGGAUGUGAAUGAACUGUGUUACUGAAUAGAACUCAGCUGCGCCUCGUAAAAGACAGAACAAUAGACGAAGUCCGACGUAACUCACAAUUCCAGAUAUCUGUCUAUAGAAUCUCUCUAGAGUCUAAAUCUACAUCUUAAGUUAUUAAAAUGUCACAGGAAAUUGAUGACACAGUUAGGAGGAUCCAGUCCCACAAAGGCGUCAUGGGAGUUAUCAUUGUCAAUGCUGAUGGAAUACCACUGAAAUCAACUUUAGACAACACCACAUCUGUCCAUUAUGCCAGCCUAAUACACAGCCUGGCCAAGAAAGCCCGUUCUGUAAUUAAAGAAAUUGACUCUACCAAUGACCUGAAAUUUCUUAGAGUCCGUUCCAAAAAGCAUGAGAUUCUUGUAGCACCUGAACACAAUUACUCCAUGAUUGUGAUCCAAAAAGAUGUCAACUGAUAUCUCCCGAGGCUGGUCUUAUUCAACUUCUGUACAGUUAGAUCUAGUAGUUAUUGUUGGUCGCCACUUCCAGACUUGCCUCUUUGUUAUUAAGUAUUUUCUAAUGGUGGAGGAAUUAUUUUUCUAACAUGCAUUUAGCUAAAUUAGUAUUUUGUUCAAUUUUGUAACAAUUUGCAAUAAUGUUACAGUAUUCUGAAUGUGAAAAACAUAAAUGUGUUUAUAUUAUAGAAAUAAUAUAACAAAAGGUGGAAAAACUCAGACAGCAGUACAUUGGAAGCCAGACUGGAUACACAAGUUGUCUUUUAUUUGUAUAAUUAUGUUUAAAGCAAUUCGGUACGUAGGAGGGUCAACUUAAGAUUUUUUUUAACUCACUAACAUAUCAGAAGUACAACUUGUCUCAAAUGCUGCAAGUUAGGUCAGUAUAGUUGAUUCUGUACCAGAUUUUUGUGGAAAGUUGUCAAUUAUUUUUGUAUAAUUUUGUAAAUUUGUGGUUGUUUGUGUGGUAUUAUGAUUUUGGAUGUUAAAAUGCAGUAUGACUACACAAAUGUCAGUGAAAGCAUUUUAAUUGUAACAAAAACUACUGAAGCAAUAUUUCAUUUUACUUUGAAGUUUCAUUUGUUCUGCUGUGAUAUUCAUAUUUAAGUCAUUUAUUUCCAGUGUUGAACAAAGCAUUCCUACCCAGCUGUUUAUGUCACAACCCAUUGACUACAUUAAUUUCCUGUUUCAUCCACAGUAGUACUAACUUGUAUAGUGGUCACACGCUUCAGUCAUGUUGGACAUUUCAAUAAUGUGUUUAUUGGCAUUUAUAAGAAUAUGCAUUGUUUGGUUGUUUGACUUUAUUAUUUAGCAAGAAUGAAAAAAAAAAACACCUUCAUUUAGGUUGUCAUGUUAUCGAAGGAAAUCUUUAAUUCUGUGUUUCUGUAAUGUUUAGGGGGCUGUGUUCAGAGAGCAGAUUAUUAUGGUUGUAUUUAACUAAUUGAAAUUUUCUGGCCCUCUUUUCCAUUAUGCUUGGUUUGUGUUUGUGCUAACAUAGUCAAAGAUGUUUACAGCAUUAAGUUUUUUUAUAUAUACUUAUUUACUUUAAAAUGAACAAAUAACUGCCUACCAAACCUUUGUUCAUUUUUUAGUUCAAGGUAGGUAAGUAAAAGGUAAACUAGUCAAAAGCAUUUUUAUUUUAAAAGUAAAAACAUGAAAAAAGUGUGUAGCUUAUUGUUUUGAUGAUCAAUAUAAAGCACAAAAACUCUUGAUGAUUUCCAGUUGUUUUGUUUUGUUUUUGUUUAAGUCAUUUCAAAUUAUCAAGAAUAGAAAAACAUUUUCCAUCAAUUUAGAUUUUGAAUUUUGGUAAUUUCAUUUCAACCCCAAACCCAGGUUGUACAUGUUCAGUUUAUUUUUUUAUGCAAGUCUGAUUAUUUGACAUAAUGUUUUCUGUAUUUGUUUUUUUUUUUUAAUCCUUGUGUUCAAUUUACAAAAUAUUUGUUUAAAUAGCUUCACUUUUGGUUCUUAAUUCCUUUUCCAUUCACAAUAUAUUUUUUUAAACUUAAAAACUCUAUAUGAAGUUAAGUAGGUCCACACAAGACUUUGACAUCAGAGACAGUAAACCACUGUCUGUGACACACAGAGUACUAGAAGACAGUGUUGUCAUUACACUAUUAACUGUAAAUGAAGCUGUAAAAUUUGAAGAUGGUUUUGUAUAACUUUUGUAUCACCAUUCAAAAAAAUUGUAAUGCAUUUAUAAUAUAAAUUAAGUAGUGAGCAUUCUUUCCUACGUUUUAAAUUAGUUAUUUUUGCACACGUAUCUAAUCUUAUAAAGUACAGAUGAUCCUUUAAAAGAAGAUAAUUACUUAACAAGAAUAUCAUCUUUUUUUUAAUAUAAUUUUCAGGAACCAUGGUGUCGAUUUAAAAAAAAAAAAUUUAACAAUUUUCAAAAUAUAAUUUUUAUUUUUAAAUUCUGAGUGCAAUGUCAAAUAUUUUUGUACAGACUAAUUUACUAGUAUUUUGUAAAGUUUACAUUUGCUCAAAGAUAUUAAUUAAUCAUGGUGAAAUUAUUUCUAAUUAAAUUAUUCAGAUGGUUUGAGAAAUUAAUUUGGAUGCAGCUCAUCUAAUUGCUCCUAGCUCUAUUAAAAUGUAUAUUAAAAGUCAUUAAAUUAGAGCACUAAUUCUGGAAUUAUAUAAUUUUUUAAAAAUAGAAAUGUAAUGCUUUGAUACCUUAAAUAUGCAAGGCCAGCAGAAUAUUUUUUUUAGGAAUGUUAAUUUUUCUUUUGUUUUGAUGUAACUUUUGUUCAGGUUGUUACUGUUCAUUGACUAUUCUUUUAUCUGGUCAUUUUAGGACUGUUAUUUGAAAUAUGUGCAAUGUGAAAUGCAGCUAUCAAAUUUUAUGUAUUGUUUACUUGUGUGCAAUUGUUAAGAUAGAGAACAUUGAACAUCUGGAAGUCUGGGUUUAACUGUGUUGCUGGGCUAUGUUUAUACAUAUAUUUAAUAUAUACUCUUUACCCCUAUGGUUGUUAAAUUACUUUUUCCAUAAGAAUUUUUUUUUUGCUUGUUUCCCAUCCUGCCCCCUUUCAACCCCUCUUUUUUUUUUUUUUUUUAAUAUAUAUAUAUAUUUACAUAUAUUCUUUCCGAGAGCCUAGAUUUUUUUGAUUUUUUUGGUCAUUUACGAAUGUGAUUUAAUUUUGUUGUUGGCAAUAUUUUGAUAGAUUCUUCAAUCAAUGUGACCAAGGAAACCACAUAAGCACAAAAAGGUUGUUGGCCCUCCCUCUGAUCAGUUGUCGGCCCUCCCUCUGAUCAGUUGUCUAUAACACUGCGAGUAUUGGUGCUAGUUGUAUGUGACUCACUAUAUUUUAUAUUUUCAUUCUUAGGACACCACUGGUUUGUGCUGCCAACUUUGCAAUGUUUUGUACUGUUGAAUGGAAUUCAGUUUUUCUAUGGUCAAAUGGUUUAUUAAAAGUUUUUGAAUCUAUAAUG